GCAGAGUCAGUCAGUCAGUGGGCCGGCCGCGUGGCGGAUGCUGGUAGCAUGACCAUGGACGACGACGAGCUGCGAGCAUCGGCCGCCCGCAAGGGCCGCAGCGCCAGUAUCUGCGCGCCCGGCUUCUCCAGUAUGGAGGCCGUCGUGCAGGCGGCCACCCAGGCCGACACGCCGCAGCGCGCCAGGCGCGCCAAGCCGGCCACGCGUUCCCAGAGCGCGCGAAUCACGCAGGCCAACAAGCCGAGGGUCACGCGCAAGACCAGGGCCGAGUCGCCCUCCAUGCAGACGAUGAAUUCCUCGUCUUGCCGGAGCGAGCCGCGUCUGGAGAACAUCCCGACGAUCGCGACCUCGAGUUCGGACUCGCCGGGGGCGCCUCGCCGAAGCCCCCGGGCGCCAACCGGCGCCCGCCGCGUCAACAGCGUCAAGGGCACGGCCGGCCAUCACCAUCAGCAGCAGCAACAACAACAGCACCACCACCGCGGCGAGUCGGUGCGCGAGACGAGCCACAAGAGGGGCGGAUUCCUCGACGUGCCCGGCAUGGAAGAACCGAUGCACCCUGACGAGGACGAGUCCUACCGCCUCAGGGAGUUCUCCCUCACCAGCAAGGGAAUUGUGAACCGUGGCGAUUCUUUCCGGCGGCGCCGCUCCAGAAGCAACUCCCUUCUUCCGCCGAGCAUGGCCCAGGAGGCUCAGCAGGCGGCCGCAGAGGCCGCGGCCGUAGAAAAGCCACCGCCUUUCCGAGUCGCACUUCUUGGUGCCUCUGGGGUGGGCAAAACGGCCCUCGUCGAGCAGUUCAUGACCUCCGAGUGCAUCAACGCCUACGCUUACGACAGACAAACAAAUGAGCCGAUUGAGCAGUCGGUUUGCAUAUCCCUGAACGGAGAGGAAUCGGAACUUCUCUUCACAGUCAUCCAGAACUCAAAGACGGACAUGGACAAAGAAAACCCGCCUCACGCGUUCCUCGUCAUGUACUCUGUGGUGGACAAAGCCAGCUUCCAACGAGCAGAGGAUGAACUCUCCAGGCUUCAGGAGUGGGACAUGUUGAGGAGCAGACCGGCGCUGCUUGUGGGCAACAAAAUCGACUUGGCUCGAUCAAGAUCUGUUUCUACGCAAGACGGCAAGUGCUUGGCCUGCACCUACCGCUGCAAGUGCAUCGAGAUCUCGAUCGGCAUCAACCACAAUGUGGAUGAGUUGCUGGUGGGCAUCCUCAGUCAGAUCCGGCUCAAGAUGGCCGCCAACCACGAAGGGUCGCCGCCGCCGUGGUUCCACCGCAGCCGAGGCAUGACCAGGGCGUCGAUGCGCGCCCGCCAGAUGUUCUCGUGGAUGUUCGGCAAAGAGGACUCGAAAUUCAAGAACUGUGAAAACCUCCAGACUUUGUAACGCGCACUUUGUAUAAGAUAAAUAGAGUCGCUGCAGGACUGAACACAUAUUAUAUUGGAUUUAAAGAAAAAGCGUAUAUUCGUUAAUUACUGAAUGUGUAUAUCAAAAUAAUUAUGUAAAAAUCAUGAUUGUGAAGAGCUAUACCCUCCUAUAACUGUAUCCGUACUCAAUUAUUAAAUGUCACUUUCAAUUAAUUAUUUAAGCUCAUCCUCAGCCGUUGAAAAUGCACAACUUUUUCUUAUUAAAGUUUAAAUAAAUUGCCGACGGAAAACAAAAUAGUCCUCGGCAGUGACUUUUAAUUAUUUUUAAGAUGAUUUAAAUGUUGGUAAUAGGACCAUUUUUUGAAACAAUACAUAAAAGAUAUCUAAGCAUAUAAGGAUGAUUGUAAUCAAUAUAUAUCUCUGCUUCCAAAACUCUUUUAAUGACUUUGGAUGAGCUUUAAAUCGGUGUCCAGUGGCUCUUAAAACACAAGAGAUGAGAAUUUAAAUAGCAGAUCCGUAAUAAUAGUCUUGGAAAGCUCCCUCUCUUCUUACUUUAGUACUAAAACUUAUUUUUAUGACGAAUUUAUAUAAUUUAAUAUUUGUACUUAAUAAAAGUUAAUUUCCCCUUAAAUAAACUACACCGUUAUUAGCUUA